AUGAGAGGUUUUAAAUUAGAUGCCAUACUUACACACGGAGUCAGGACAUUAGCAUCAAUGGGUGGCGAAAUUAUCACUUUACAAGCCGGUCAAUGUGGGAACCAUGUUGGUAAGCUACUCUGGUCCCAAUUGGCGAAAGAGCACGCGAUAGGCACCGACGGGCUCUCGCAGCUUCCUGAUUCAAGUGCAGAUAGAGAUGAUGAUACAAAACCCUUUUUCCGCGAAAAUAGCAGGAACAGGUUCACACCAAGGGCUAUCAUGCUGGAUUCUGAGCCUAGCGUCAUUGCCGACGUGGAAAACACGUUUCGUGGAUUUUUCGAUCCUAGAAACACCUGGGUGGCUUCUGAUGGCUCCAGCGCCGGUAAUUCGUGGGCCAAUGGCUACGACAUAGGGACCCGCAACCAGGAUGAAAUCUUGAACAAGAUUGAUAAGGAGAUUGACUCAACUGAUAAUUUCGAGGGUUUCCAGUUGUUACACUCUGUGGCAGGUGGGACCGGCUCCGGGCUAGGGUCCAAUCUCCUGGAAGCAUUGUGCGAUCGAUAUCCAAAGAAGAUACUUACGACUUAUUCUGUGUUUCCCGCGAGAUCUUCCGAGGUUGUUGUUCAAUCCUAUAAUACCAUUUUGGCCUUGAGGAGAUUGAUAGAAGAUAGUGAUGCAACCGUGGUGUUUGAUAAUGCUUCAUUGUUGAAUAUUUCUGGGAAAGUGUUUAGAAAUCCGAAUAUUGAUUUACAACACACAAACCAGUUGAUCUCGGCUAUAAUAUCUUCAGUAACAAACAGUAUACGAUUCCCCAGUUACAUGUAUUCGUCCAUACAGAGUAUCUAUUCUACCUUAAUCCCCUCUCCUGAGCUCCAUUUCCUAAGUCCUAGUUUCACACCAUUUACAUCAGAUUACAUACACGAUGAUAUAGCACAUAAGGGCCACUCGAGUUAUGAUGUUAUGUUGGAUUUGUUAGACCCUUCUAAUUCUCUUGUUUCCACCGGCAUGAAUAACCCAACGUAUUUYAACGUUUAUAACACAAUCAUCGGUAAUGUGGAGCCUAGCCAAAUAUCGCGUGCGAUGACCAAAAUACAACAACGUCUGAAGUUCCCCUCGUGGUCUUCUUCUGCCAUGCACGUUAACAUUGGGAGAAGGUCGCCUUAUUUGCCCUCACAGCCUAAUGAAAACGAAGUUGCUGGUAUGAUGCUAAGCAAUAUGUCCACCGUAGUGAACGUCUUUGAAAAUGCGUGCAAUACUUUCGAUAAAGUGUUUGCUAAGGGCGCCUUUCUGAAUAAUUAUAAUGUAGGUGACUUGUUCCAAUCCAUGCAGAAUGUUCAAGACGAGUUCAUAGAGUCGAGAGAGGUAGUACAAAGUCUAAUGGAAGACUACAUGGCUGCAGAACAAGACUCGUACUUGAACGACGUACUCCUGGAUGAUGAAAACAUGGUUGGUGAAUUAGAAGAAGAUCUAGAUGCCGACGGCGAUCAUAAUCUAGCAUAA